AUGUCAGAAUCUUUCACAAGUCACCAGGAAAACAUCUCUGAUGCUGUGAUGCUUGAAAAUGCGGAUAGUAUGAGUAUCAUCCAUCAAAGCAGAGAAGAAUCACUUCAGCCUCAGAGGUAUUCUGAAACAUUGGCAGAAGCCUGUGCUUCAGAUCCUAGAGACACAACAAUACAACCGUCUCCUACAUCAAGUGCUCAAAACCCAUCAGUGGUAGAUUUACGUGCUUCUCAAGCAUUUAUUCCUGUGGUUAGUUUUGUGAACGCCAUCACACCAAAGCACAUUGGAGCGGCCAUCGAUGCUUCAGAACACGCACGGAUGUUCACAGCUCUUGCGAUUGCACUUGUUGUGAUACUAUCUCAUCUUGGUUUCUCUUCCCUAGGCAACAUAGUAAGCUUCAGGCCAGUUUUCUUGCUUCUCUUGACCGAUGCCACAAUUGUACUUGGACGUUUUCUGCUGAGUCACCGUGGAGAUUCUUCCACAGCCUCAGGGACAGUAAUGAGCGGGCAGGGUAUAGUGGACCAAGUAGGCAACGCUUUGGAGACGGUGAUGAUGAUGAAGAAGAUAAUGGAUGCACUGCUUAUGGAUUUUAGCUUAUACGCUGUGAUUCUCAUAUGUGGCCUCUUGGUCACCCAAAGCAUCUUUCCUUAGGUCAUCUUAAAGUAGGUUUGUUUGUGCUCGGUAGAUUUGUGUUUUGCUUCUGGUUUUUAAUAUCGUAAAAUUAUAGUUAGUUCCAAUUCCAAAACAUAAUUACAUGUUUCAGAUAUCUUUAUUUUUUUUACGUUUAUUUAUUGGGUUGCUUAAGUGCUUCACUUGCGCGACAAGAUCAUUAUUUAUUGGUGUGUCACUGAA